AAUGGGACGUGAGGGCACGGUCAAAAGUUCAACGCGACGUGGGCGUACCACACUAAGGGGCGGAUACGGUCAAAGGUCAAAGCAAGUGGGCGGUCCCUCGCAACGUGGGUGGUCCGGAAGUAAUUCACCCCUCCCCCUCCUCUGCAAAGGUCAAUGACCCCAUCAAUCAUACCUGUCAAUCAUUUUGACACUAUGUCCCCCAUAUAUACUACUCACCAUUCACCACUUGAGUAAAAUCAAAAGAGUCAACAAGGCUAAUAAAAUCCUUGGCCAGGGAGUUUUGCUCACAACAAACAUGAAUGUUGAAAUCCCCUACCAUCAGAAGUCUGUAUCUAAGAACAGCGUCACCUAAAAAAAUUGAGAAAUCUUUUAAAAAGUCCUUAUUUGAUUUUGGAGGACGAUAAACCACAGCGAUCGCUAAUUUGUGUUCAUUUAAUUGAAAUAGAAGUACUUCAAAACUGGAAAAAGAUUCAGUCUUUAGAGCUCUACAACAGAAGCUACUUUUAAACACCGAUGCAAGCCCACCUUGCCAUGCCCUGAAGUGUAGGGUGGUUCAAAAAGGAGCAGUUUGUGGGCACUAGUUGAGAGAAAGGGCUUGUAUCCCCCGCAUUUAGCCAUGUCAUUACAGUUACUUUUUAAAUGAGUGGUAAUCAAAUUACAUCAGUUACAUCUGAAAAAUAUUUUAGAUGACCAAAGUGAUUCAUUGGAAUUUUAAAGUCAAUUAUUUAUUUUAAACAUUAGUAUAAACUGUAACAGGCAAUUAAUUUAAACAGCAAUGACAAUCUGCAAAAGCAUCCUUAUCUACAGUUCUGCUCAUAAAUUUCAUACCCCUUGCAGAAUAUGCAAUAUUUUAAUAAUUUUAACAAAAUAAGAGGUAUCUGGGUUCAUAGAGAUUGCAUGUUAACUUUAUUUAGUACUGUCCUGAAUAAGCUGUUUCACAUAAUAAAAGUUUACAUAUACUCCACAAGACAAACUGGCUGAAUUUAUACAAAUUGGCACAUUAGAAAUCUGUCUGUCAUUACCUAAAUGAUCAACUACUGUUUUCAUGUUUUGUGAUAUUUGUUUGUGAGUCCAACUACUGUUUUCAUGUUUUGUGAUAUUUGAGUCCCUUGUUUAUGUAAUUUUAAGGUAAUUGUGACUUUUUAUCUUACAGUUCUGACUUUUUCUCACAAUUGCGAGUUUAUAACUCACAAUCCUAAUAAUAUUAUAUACACAUGCAAAACAUUUGAAUUUUUAUAAAGUUACAAAGUCAGAACUGUAUGAAAUAAAGUCAGAACUGCAAGAUCUGGGAAUUUUUGUUUUUUCAUGCAAUUCUGAUUUCAUAACUUGCAAUUGUUUAAAUCUUGCAAUUCUGAGAUAAUUACCUUUUUAUUUCUUUUAUUUGGUGAUUGAAACAAGUCUCCAUGAAACACAAUGCAUUCAGAAAAGGGGGUGGAAAUGUUUGAACAGGAUGACGUGUAAAUAUUUUUAUUUUGUUCACCAUAUUUUAAUAAAUCCAAAAAAAGACAACCACAUACAGUACAUAAUAACAAACAUCCCAGCAAACACAAUCCGAUCUGAAGACGUCACCAGUCUUAAUUUGGUCAGCAUGACAUUACUUUGACCAUGUAAGGACAAAGUAAGGUAAAGUUAAAUUUUUUUGGAUCUUGGCCCAAAGCCUCAAAAAUGUUGUGAAUUAAUCACACAAUUUUAGAAAAAAGGUUCAUUCUAGAACUGUAGGAUUCUAUUCUCAGUCCCAAAGAAACUUAUAGAACCUUAGGUAGGUAUACCUCAUAUGCUUACUUUUAAAUAGCUGUUGAUGUAUUGUGAUGUUACUUGCUGAUUGGUCUGGGUGGCACUGCAUGUCAAGUCAAACAAGCCUAUUUUGGGAGGGGACUGAUGAGUUGAAUCGGGUGUUUUAUAUAGACAAACAAUCUGGGAGGAAAUUCAUCUAAAUUACCAAUAGUCAAUUUUAUGAAUUAUGACGCUAGUAGCAGUAGAUUAGAGCUGCUGCCUGUCAUUUUCCAUCCCUGAAUGAUGUCCGAAUGGCCAAAGUUUGCUCGACGUAUGUGUGAUAUCUAGGGCCAUAUGAUUGCCGCGAUGUAUUUAUAAUCUGCUUGUUUAUGAGUGAAAGAGUGGCAUGGUUGCACUUGUGGAGCUUUCAGCGUCUGCGUUUCACAACGAGGAAGCUUUCGUCAAACACCCCUUUGCGGUAACCCGUCAAAAUAAAAGUAUUUUAUUUGAGAACAAGUUAUAACAUUGACCACGUUUACAUGGACGUCAGCAAUCAAAUUAUUUGCCUUAUUCUGAGUAAGCUAAUAUUACGAUUAAGGUGUUUACAUGAGUUGCUUUAAGAAUAUACCUUUCAUGUUCCCGUUUUACAUGUUACACUACAUAGUUCGAUUAAUGGCAUACGUCAUUACAUCCCUAAGCGACGCCGUUCGACGUUCCCUCCAUAAUUUCAUGUAUCAACAAACAGUUCGUCUUCGCAAGGUACAACAUACAGUUUUUGGUGUUUCAUUUAUUUUCUUGAAUUGUUGGCAUCUUUCUUGUUUCCCGUUCGGACCAAAAAUGUGCUUUCUUGCUUGAAGCCAUGUUUGCUGUAAAACGAAACAGCUGUCCACUGCCGUGCGCGUGUGUAACCUGUCGCAAAGUGCCGCGAAAGUUCCUAAGCACCGGUGCGAUUAAGCUGUGUACAUGUCUAUACCGCACUUCGAUAAUGCGACUAAAAUAGGAGUACUUCACCCGUCCUAAUUCGAUUUGUGUUUACUACAAUUAUGAGUUUAGACGGAUUAAACUGAUCAAAAAGCUCUGUUUACAUGGUACAUUCUUAAUCAGAGUAUUGUCUUAAUCGUGUUAAUAUUGGAAUCUUGUUGUCCAUGUAAACGUGGUCACAGUUUUUAAUAAUUCGGCCAUGGAGUGUAUUUACUUACUUUAGUAAAUUGAAGUAAAUGUGCUAGUAAAAUUAUAAAAAAUAGUACAUAUAAUUAAAAAAAUAUUACUUGCUUAGAAAAUAGUACUUAAAUUUAUGUAGACCUAAAACCAGAAAGGAAAAAAUAAAUACGGUCUACCAGCCAAAUAACCAUAGUGAAUAUGUUGAAUUACAUUAUGAUGUGCACCUAUGCACAUGCUUAGUGCCGUAAGUGGUAUGCUAAGGAACACACAGGUUUUGUUAUGUGGCAUUUUCUGUUUGCUCAGCAUUUGAAAACUGCAGUUCUAAAGCUCAGCUGUAAUAAAGAAACUUAAAAUGUUUAACAUCUUUUCACAUCGUGUGUUUUUGCAUCAAAUUUAGAGCGUAGUAUCGAUUACAGUAUUGAUAAGUACCAAUAAAAUCUUAAUGAUGCCCAUCCCUAGUCAAUAUUCAGGAGAUGGCUCCCUCUGCUGGUGUGGCGUUACACUAUCUAACAGGUAGGAAAUAUACAGAAUUUGAAAGUCUUGACCACUAAAUUCUUCAUUAAAUACAGAAGAAUUCUACAAAACACAUUGAAUUCUUAUUUUCUUUUGUUUUCUGAUAAACAUUAGUGACAGGAGUCACAGCAGCAGGUUUAAGAAAUCUGCCGCUCGUAUCUAAAGCUGCCUCAUGCAUUCAAGAUUUUAUUUAACUCAUAGAAGUCUGUGCUUAUGAAGAUACGUGAUAAAUGUGCUUUAAGGCAUAAUCUUGUGUGUUUUUGUGUAUUGAAGCACGAAAGAAAACAUAAUUCUGGUGUGCUGUCUGACAGAGACUUUCUGUGCGGCACAGAAGCUGCCUGUCUGUGCAAGACGUGUCAAAGCCGUUUUAAAUCGUGCUUAAAUGGUUUAAAAGCCUUUGCAUAAAUAAGAUCAUUUAAUGUAACACUAGCCAAUGGAUGACAGAAAAAAACAGAUUUUCAAACAUGUAUGACUUUUUUUCUUCUGCAGAGCACAAAAGAAGAUAUUUUGAACAGCAGUACCCAUUGACUAGCAUUGUUAGUGGAAGUACAGACCCAGAAAAGAACAUGUUACAUUAGCAAAAAGAAUUAAAAAAAAUGGAAAAGGGCUUGUUACCAAAAAUAGGCAAACAUACAGACAGACCACACUACUUGAAAACACCACACUUUUUUGACAACAUAAAUAGCAUGUGGCUGUAAUUGUUGGCACUCUGACAAAUGUCUGCACAGGUCAACACAAUGGGCGUCACCCAGACUGUGACCAUGUAUGUCUGCUUCCUCUUCAGAAAAGGCAAAACUCAUACCAAUCUCUCCGUCUUUAUAGCGCUGUAAUUUCCUUUGAAGAGGCCCAGUCACGGGUGAGCGUUGGCGGGGACAAACCAACACCACAUGCAGCUUUCAGGAAUCUUAUGCUACAGAUUGGAGUCGGAGAAGGACACAACCCUUUGAAGACAGGAUGUAGUAAUGAUGGGAAAGUUUUGGGCUUGGGCAAAUAUACGGAUUUAUGGCCUUUAGAUUCAAGGCAGUAUUAUUUGAUUCCAAUGUUUUAAAGUAAAUAAGGAUUAAAUAUUUUACCAAAUGCACUUGAACACUAAACCAAACAUUUUGUUGUCUGCUGUUGCUUGUUUUUUUUAGAAUUUGUUCCACAGACAAAACACGCAUACUCUUACAUUUAAAAAAAUCAAGAAACUUAAAUAUUUAUUCUUCAGUUAAUGUCAUAACAUGUCCCCAUGUUAAAUUUACUAUAAUUCACACAAAUUUCUUUCAGUGCUUUAAUUGUCAAUAAAAAAUAAGGUUCAAAUGUCUUGAAUUGAGUAUUCUCUAGACAAAAAAAUACUCCUAAUGUAAACAGGCAACUGUAGCAGAGGCUGAGGGCCCGUGGAACUGAUUUGUGUAGUUUGGGUCUGCAGCAGCUAGUUGUGGUAAAUUUACUGUUGACCGCAACAGACUUCUCUCGAUGAACAUUCAACUCCCACACACUGCCCCAAACAGACCUUUCCCCCUGCUUUUCGUAACGGCAUAUGGCCCAAUAACAAAGAUCUGUACAAGACUCACUCUGAAAGCAAGCCUGUGGACUGUUGCUUGAUGAAUAUAGACAUUGUGUUAUGACUAGAGUGUUGUGGGUCUUCUGAUGCCUUUUUAUGUAGUUGUUAAGGUAAUUAUUUUUAGUCUUGUACUCAGUUGUUCUGCGCAUAGAUGUAUAGAUGCUGCAUUGGCUGGAAAAUUGUUAAAGCGGAGCUAUCAUGCUAUGUCAUGCAUUCUGACUUCUUUACACUGUUAAACAUGCUGGCUUCUCAUGCUUAACAUGGUCAACUUGUUAAAAAAUGAGUUGGACGUAUGACGUAGUAUUUCUGUACUUGAUACCCUCCCCCAGCACUCCAACUUGUUUCAGAAAGUUUUUUCUAAUUCUGGAUCCCUGUGUCGUCACAGGGAUCCGAUUUCUUUUAUUAGCCAAAAGUAGGGCAAGGCAAAGGCAAAAGAGCCCGCCCACGAGCCAACCAACCAACGAGCGAGACCUUAUCUGCGAUGCGUCAAGAUGGGUUGUGCUGCAGCUCGUUACUCUAGCGAUAGUGAAGUUUAAGUGUGUCUGUUUGUUCACUGCGUUUCAGUGAUGAAUGUUAUAUAAAUGGUGGAUAUAACGCUGGACUUGGAGACCGUUUGAAACUGAUAGAUGGCGCGGUCCCAGUGCUAAAAGAUGCCGGACAUGAACUGCACGCGAAUACUUUUCAAAAAUGAAGACUGUUGUUGUUUUAAUGCUCCUCAUUGCCACAAUUUACUGCCUACCUGUGAAGCGCUCAGCUAGCAGUUCUGAGAGCUCAGAAGAACAUGCAGUUGUUCAACGGCCUGCUCCAAUGCUACGAACACCUGCUGCUAAACUGGUUCAGCCACAACCUGAACAGACCGUGCCAUCAGAAUCCAAUGAAAGCACAGACAGUGCAGAUGACACUGGGGAUGCAGAGGAUGAACCAGACGCAGAUGAGAUUGAAGUGGACAAUGAGACCAAUUCCACUGAGAGUGAAUCUGAUGAAUCUGAUGAAACUGAUGCCACGUUUGUCCCACCCACCGAGGAGCCCACCUUAGACCCUAUCAUCAACACAGGUCGGGGAGACAGUUUAGGAUACCCCGAUGACUACAAAAAAGCCAUAUUCUAUGUAGAUGGAAAGGACUAUGAAAAAAUUCCUUCUCCAUACAAAUCUUACAGCAAUGAAAAGUUGGAAGGUUUAAUGAUAGUCAGCAAGAAGAUGUCUGCCUACGAUGGUCAAAACAUCAAUGAUGUGGAGAAAGAAAUUCAACAUUACAAGGCUCUAAAGGUUCACGAUGAUCUUCUGGAGGAGGAGGACACCAGCACUCCAGAGAUGGAUGCUGCUCUGGGAGAAAGUGAGAUCGCCCUCGUGGGGAGCCAGGACAACGAGGGAACCAGUGCCGGUGACUCUUCUAGCGCUAGUACCAGCCAGGAGGAAACUAACAGGAGCCCAAGCAACGAGGAGACCACAGCAACUCCUGGAGUCACAGACAGAGAUGUUGACUCCUCACAGAGUACAGAGAGUCAGGAGAGCGAUGAGGACACCCCUCAGACCCAAGAGCCAUCUGUUGUCAUUGCAAUAUAAAAUCAUCUAAGCACACAGACUCCAGAGGCUGUCAACAAUUAAGAAUGCAAUUAUAACCAUAUUUUAUUGUGCUGGAUGUCACACUCUGCCUAGUGUUAGUGUGAGUGGCAAAGCAUGAUGGUUCAGUUACUGCAAGUGCUUGAGCUGUGUUGCAAAACUUUCAUCUUCCUGUAUAUUGCACAACUAUUUACAAUGUUCAUGUAAAUGUAAUUUGGUACUGCUCUGUGUUAUGACUUUUGUCAUUUAUGAAUAAAUUUCCUAUAUCAGUUAUUCAGGUUUCCUAGUGCAAUGGGAAUAGCAGUUGGCAAAGUACAAACAUUCAGACAUUUUCUAGAUUACACUGAAAAAAAGCUGCAAAUUGUCCUAUACGAUACAUUUUUGGUGGUCAAUAUCAAUAUUGCUCCGAUUGCUCAGAGGUCAGUUAAAGCUUAUACUAUUAAUCUGAAAAGGUUUAAGCACAUGAUUAGUCCAAUGGAAUUUGUGGUACACAUGUGAAAAAAAUCUAAAGCCAAAUGCCCCUACGAUGGAGGGUCCAUCUGUUUAAAGCUAUUGUUCAUAUAUUGCAAAAAGGAAAAUAAAUAUACAAGAGAAAGAAAUAUCCACUCUACUACCACUGCUCAUGUGCAUCUGUACCUUAGAACAAUGUAAUGUGUCAAACACUAUGAUGCAGGGGUAUCAAAAUCAGAGACUUUAAAUCUGUCAUCUUGAGUUCUGAAAACCAACAUUAUUUAUACUUUUUUUUCCAAUGCCUUGGGUAGUGCAGCCACCAGACAAAUAUUUCUUAAACUUUAAAGUUUCUGAGUCUGUAAUUUUCUGCACUAAAUAAAAUAGCUGAUUCCACCCUGAUUGACAUCAGGAUUGACAAUAUAGUAACAUAGUGGACAUGACCUCAAGUGAACCUCUUACUUUUGUAUGUUUAAGUAUAUCUGGAAAAUCACAGAGCUAUACACCCCCUACAGUGGAAGAUGUGAAAUAGAUCAGACUACUGAAGACGAUAUAAGGGCCGUUCACACUAUGGACGAUAAAGAUAACUGAAACUAUAAGUAUAAAAAUUAAAACAAUUUUAGAAAUCAUUUUUAAUUUAAGAGAAUAGGGGGGUUAAAAUAACGAUAAAGAUACAGAGAACGAUAUCUUUGGGAUCUGUCAGGAUUUGAGGGAAAACCCAGAUGCAGGCAGCACUGAAGGGGUUAACAAGAUUUAAUAACAAAAACAAAAGCCCACGAUGGGGUAACAAAGACAGGACUAAAUAAUAAUAUACAAAACAAGAAACAAGGACUUCCCAUUUGGGGGCAAAAAACUAAACAAAAUACAAAAAGACACAAUGUCUUAACAGGUAAGGUAAGGUAAGGUAAGCAGGGGCGUCGCACCUGUGGGGGAUGACUUUUCCCAGUGAGAGGGUUCAACACCCGCACUUUUUCUGCAGUUUUUCCGCAGUUUUGCACAAACGCCUUACAGCAGUCGCUCCUCCGUUUCUCUGGCCGCUCUGUGUCUGCGCUCACUGCGGCUGCCUCCUCUCCCCUCCCUCUCAAACAUGACACCGGCUUUGAGUGUGAUUGGCUGUUCUGCCUUAAGUCCCGCCUCUCUUGGUGUGUUAGAUUUAUCGGUGAGCUCGUGCUGAGGAGGCGGGAACUUAUGGUUAUGGUUAUUUACAUUUCCUUUUUCCAGGUACUUUGAAUGAGUGUUUAUGCUUUCGAGGUUUUUAAAUAAGCUUGAUAUGUGUUUGGGAAGAUAUUCUGUUUAUGUUUUGUUGACAUGUCGAGUGUUUUCUGUAUUAUAUUUCGUUUUUUAGACUAAUGCUAAUUGCUAAUUGGGAUAUUGUUCAGCAGCUAGCUAAAUCCGGUUAUGUAUGUGGCAUGCAAUGUAUAAAGUAACUGUGAUGAAGAAGGCAGGGAAUUGACGAGGAGGAGGGACAAAUUGGCAUUGUUAAGCAGUGUGUUUAUGGGUUUAUUGCCAGUGCAAUUGAUUUUGAUAUUUUGAGCAUUGUUCGUUGAUUAGCUGAAUACUUUUGUGGAUACUUAUCUGUUGUAUUUGAUUGUACCUGUUGAGGAGAAAAAAGUGAGAUAUGAUGUCAUUGUUUGCAUAACUGUUGAAGAACUAUGAAAGAAAAGUGUAUGUUAUUUUAAUGUUUAAAAACAGUAAAUUGUUACAUUUAUACCACCAGAGAAAAAGCUUUGUCUGGGCGUUUUUUUUAUUUUUUUAAUAUCUCCCCUUUUCAAGGCGCAAGUAAGCAAAAGUAGCAGUCUCAGUCACAGUCAUGUCAAACCAGCUGUAUCAGUGUUUUGUUUUGAAGGAGAAAAUAAAACAUAUAUCGCUGGACUCGGACGAGACCGACUAGAACAUUUUCGAGACCAAUGACCAAGUCCGAGACAAGUCCGAGUUCAAAUACCAACGAGUCCAAGACAAGUCCGAGACCAUUAAAAAACGUCUCGAGUCCGGACUCGAGUCCGAAACUGUACUCGAGUACUACAGCACUAUUAACAAGGGACAGGUGUGGGUAAUGGAACACUCAGGGAAAGCUGAACGAGGGGGCGGGGCCAAUGACGAGACCCAGAGAGAGAGCAUAGCAGAUCAAAACAAACAAUGUCAUGUCUAGGGUUGGGAAUCGAAAAUAAAUUCCAAUUUGGAAUCGGAAUCGAAAGGCUAGGAAUCGGAUCGGAAUCGAAAGGAAUAGGAAUCGGAUACUUGAGAUUAAAAUUUGAAUUCCUCUUAUCAAUUCCUGUGUGCAUAUUUUCAGAAAAGUACAUGCGUUGCAUGAUCUGCUGAUAUCUCAAUAAAAGCCCUUAUGAAAAUGUAGCGAGGAAGGCGGGACGAGAGCCGUGGGGCAGGAAGGCGGGGCCGGUGGCGUGAGUGAUUAUGAGUAUCAGCUGUACGCGCACCGGUCCCGCAUGCCUCACGGGGAGCUAGGGAGCAUAAGAGGACGAGCGACGGGACUGCCGAGGAGAGAGGACCGGGCCCGGAAAUGUUAAGUUUUAUUUAUGUUUGUGUGGCCGGCAGUCGACCGUGAGGUGGCUGCCGGCCUUUUACUUCCGUGUUAUUGUUUGUUUAUUUUUGAUUAAAGUUUAUUGUUUAAAUGUUCGCCGGUUCCCGCCUCCUUCCUUCCCUACAUUGAACUUUGUUACAGAAAAUUAUCGAUAUUUUUUACUAUAGUAAGCAUAGUUUAGCUAUAGAAUUUGCAUUAAAGCAAAGGAAUCACAAAUUAACCAUAGUUGCAUUAUAGUAACUGCAGUUUAACCAUGAUGUAGUUCAACUAUGAUAAUACAAAUUGUAAUAAAUCAGAAAAGGUGUGUUUCCCUUUCUGUCGGUCUCUCGACGUUGUGUCGAACUGACAGAAUGGGGUUUGUCUUGAGAACCUAUCAUCUUCUGAGUAUUUAGAAAAGG